AUCAUCAUCACCUUCAUCACCAUCAUCGUCGUCACCAUCAUCAUCACUAUCGUCACCCCCUCCGGCGACAUCAACCCCGUCAGUCAUCGAGAUGAUCCCAAGUACCACCAACCAGCAAUCAUCUUCGACGUCGGAACAAGUGUUGUCCUCUAUUAGUGGAAGUUCGUCGUCGAUCAUGACAUCAGAUGGAACAAAGAGCUCAGAGACAGCACUAUCCAUCGCACUAGGGGUGACGGCUUUUCUCUUUUUAUGUGCAAUUGUAAUUUUCUAUAUAAUAUUAAGGAGGCGAAUCUCGCAAAGAUACGAAACCAACGUUGCGCACAUGAACUACAGUGGCGCUGCAGAUAACAGUUUCUUCGUCUCAAGACUGUCCCGUCAGGAUCUCAUCCCGCCAGAUUUAAACAACGGGGAAGUUAUCCCACGCGAGUCAGUCCACAUGGAUAGGACGCCAAGAGACGGUGGUAUUAGUGACCAGUUUAAUUCGAGGUGGUCCGCUUUAGGGCCAAGGCAACAACACCCACCAUUGCCGGAUCCGUACAGCAGGGACAGUACCCACAGCGAGUCCAUCAACAUGUCUAGGUCGGCAAGGGACAGUAUUGCGGAUAGGUCUUCCAGUGGCUUUGCUUCGGGUACGCCACAGCAGGAUCCAAUGACGUCAGAUUCGAAUGGGGAGAGUCGCGGCAGAGAAUCGUUCUAUAUUAAUAGGGAGGACAGUGUCUAUGAAAAUGAUGGUGAAAUCUCCAAUCCUGGAGAUCAUACCUAUGAGAGCAUUAUACUGAAUAAAAUUCCGGGAAAUCAGGACCAAUCGACAGUCUAAUUAUGAUACAAUAAUGCAAUGUUUAAACUUUAGAAAGUGCAAGAUCAACAGUAUUAAAUAUACCCGACAUUUCAAAAGUAAAAAUUAAUUUAUAUUGUUUAAAAAAGGGGGAUGGUUGCACUUAGAGACUUCGGUGGUAAGCGCUUUAUAAGCACCGUUUUUGUUAUUAUUGUUAUUAUUACUAACAAAUUCGUAGAACAGUUUUAAAUAAAGACUCGCUGAAGCUUCUUGGUAUGCAAUAUCAUCAGAAUGCAACACAAAGGUGGACAGAAUGACAAACUCAAACAAUUCAAACAGAAACUGGGUUUUAGUUCCCGCUAACAUAUUUAGACAAACGAAAUUAAACAAUAUGAAGCGUUUGUUCAAUCUUAAUUUGAACUAUAAUAAGUACAAGACGAAAAUCUUAGUAUAUCAUUUUUAAACGAAAACGUUCGAUUAUAAAUCUGUUGUUGAUGGUCUUUUUAGUUGGUCUUGUUUUAAAUGUCAUGAGAUAAUUUACGUUGACCAAAGUUUAUGUACCUGAAUACGCAAGUUAGUAAAUAUCAAAUGUGUUUGAUUUGAAUCAAUAUGUCGACACUUGGGAAAAGUACUAAAUCAGUGUACUUAGUUUAGGUAAGGUUUAUCUAUAUGUUUUUAUUCAUGAAUAUGUCGAAGUAUUUUUUGUUUAAUUUCUCUGUCGGUAUGAGCUUUCUGUAUGGUUGCUUUCUAGAUUACAGAUAAAUGCAAUACUACCCAACUACUGUUUCCUUUAUAUAGAAUGCAGUAAAUCAUAUUGGUGCUUAAUGGGAAAGGGGAAUCGGAGCAAUAUCACCGUUACAGAAUGACGCAAAAGCAUUUAAUUUUUCCUAUCUGUUCACUAAUGUGAAAUUAUUAAAAACUAAAAGUUUAAUAAAUCGCCUGUUGUUCAACAAGAUUCAUCCAUUGAAGAUCUUACCCCCCUAGCUUCCAAUAUCCUAUUAAAUGUAAGGACAAUAGUAUCUGCGAUUACGAAAUGAUUUCUUCACGUCACUUUCCAUACAGCAUAAUUAUAAUUCUUAUAAUAACUAACUAUAGUAGCAAUCACGAUACAAUUCUUUCAUGUGAACCUGUUCAUCUAAUUACUAUUUAAAGGGAUAGUUGAGUUCUGUUGCAGAGGGCGCUACACAAAAUAAUUUUUUGUGAAAUAAUGAAAA